AUGAAGGGCGCCUUCAUCGCCGCCCUUGGGCUACUUGCCCCGGCCGAUGCUCUGCUCCGCUUCGGCUGCGCGAAGUCAUCUAUCCAACGUCUCGACCCGUUGGUCAACCCCGGCCAGAGCCCUUCACCACAUUUGCAUCAGAUCAUCGGAGGCAAUUCUUUCAACAUCUCAAUGGACCCAACAACUCAUGACCUUGUGAAAGGCUCUACAUGCACUAGUUGCCAGUUCAGUGAAGACUUGGCCAAGAAUGGUACCUUCAAGCGCGUCCCUCAACGCCCCCAGCAGGGUAUCGAAAGCACCCAAGGCGGCAUGAUGGUCUACUACAUGUCCGAUGCACUCUUCGACACUGCACAGAAGUCCAAGGUCACAGCCUUCAAGCCCGGAUUCCGCAUGCUCGUCGGAAAUGUGAACUACAACAACCGCGAGGAGGCCCGUAACUUCCGCCAGCUCACCUACAUCUGCAUGCAGAACGAAGGUACCCGCGAACCGGAGACGAUUAACUUCCCCGAUAAGCCAUGCCCUGCAGGUAUCAUGGCUAAUCACAGGUUCCCAACAUGUUGGGAUGGUACGAAUGUCGACUCGCCCAACCAUCAAGACCACGUUGCAUAUCCCGAGUCUGGUACUUUUGAAUCAGGAGGACCCUGCCCUAAGACCCACCCAGUGCGCCUCCCGCAGAUCCUGCUGGAGACGGUCUGGGACACCAAGGCGUUCAACAACAAGGUGGACUGGCCCUCUGAUGGCAGCCAGCCGUUCGUGUGGAGUAGUGGUGACAGCACCGGUUACUCUUCGCAUGCGGACUACCUCUUUGGGUGGAAGGAUGACAGCUUGCAGAAGCAUCUCGAUGGGCACACGUAUGUUACCGCGCCGACGUUGAAGACGCAGAGCAUCGCGGAGCAAAACAAGUGUACUGUCAAGGAUAUGGUGGGCGAGGACUACGAUAGCUGGCUGAAGGUUUUGCCAGGCAACGUUCAGGUCAAAUAG